CAAGUUUGAAACGUCUUGAAGAAACUUUUUGGUCGUCUGGCGUACCCCAGUCAGACGCUGAGAUUUUUUUGUUUGUUUUGUUUUGUGGAUUGCUGUUGUUAGUGGAUAUUCUAAAAAAAAAAAAAACAACAACAAAAAAAAACAUUCACACUCCAUCUUAAUCUUCUUUUCCCCCUCCUGGAGAAAUGGUUUAUUUACUUCGAAGAUUUUAAUUGGGUGCAAGCUUUCGUUUGUGGAAUACGUUAGCAGCAAGCUACGUCUUUCAAAAGAGAAACUACGGGAUUUGUGGGAUACUUGCUGCUGAUCGCUAUACAAAAUCUGUAUUUGGAAUGGAAGGACUUCCUGAUGGAGCGCGGUCUUUGUUCAUUUUGCAAAAAUGGGUUUGUGAAUGGAUGGUGUGAGCCACUCUUAAGGACAAGCUGCAGGAUUGGAGACUGGGAGGCGGCAGCAGUUUGUGAAACUGCUCCAGCACACACAACCUUGCUUUGUCUGCUGAGGAGGGGUCAGAGGUUACUCCCCUGGGGACCUGUGGGUAGGCGCUCCUGAUGAGGAACAGCCCGAGAGCCCUGUGAGACCUGGGGGCAUUCAAGAUUUCAGAGUUUCGUCUGCGUGUCCAGUUGCUGUGCUGAAGAAGAUAUGGCGACGGCUAUAUCGUGACACAGAGGGACAUGUUUUUAAUUGGAUUCUCAGAGAUGUUGCGGCGCAGUGCUGGCGGUUGCCUAAAUCGAAAGCGUUCUCAUUGCGGCGGCAUUAACGACAGGUGGGGUUCCCAGCGAAGCGCGACCUGAUGCAGUGCCUGGCCAAGGGAGCCUCGCAGUCUGCACUGUGAAAGCCAGGCCUUCUCCCGGGGAGAGCCAACGCUGCUGUGAAGAUGCUUGCUGGGAAUGCGGAACAGUUGAAAAGUUCACGGCAAAUAUUUGGAAUGGCUGGCAUUCAAGAGGAAGAAUGAGCUGGAGUCAAAUGUGCGUUUGUCUCGGUAGCAUAAACGUAUGCGACUCUGUGAGCCAAUGGCGUCAUACAGGGUGCCCACGGCCUGUGAGGGCUCCUGGGAGACGCAGAGAAUGCUGGAGUUGCACGACGACAGAGCAGCAGCGACCGCAGCAGCACAUUUCGGAAAGAAAGAGCGCCCGAAGAAGGAGAGGGAGGAGGCCAAGGACGGCCGUCCCAGCAGCACCUCCACCAGCAGCAGCAGCGCCCCCCCCAGGAGUUCACGUGCCAAGGCUGCUCCUACUGCCACCCCCACUGCCACACCCACGCCCAGCCCACACCAGCACUCCACUCCUCCCUCUGCCUCCCUGGGAUCUCCGUCAAUGCAUUCCAGCAAUCCCAAAGUGAGGAACUCCCCAUCGGCAAACACUCAGAGCAGUCCAAAAUCCAAGCAGGAGGCUAUGGUGCGGUCACCCCCUGUGAUGUCUCCUUCCAGCGCCGCCCAAAUGGACUCCAAACUGCCCAAUCAGGGAAAGCAAGGGGGCACGGGUGGCCAAUCGCAGCCUUCCCCCUGUGACCCCAAGACGCUGAGCAGCAGCCAUGCCCCGAAGGGCCCGCAGGGGACGGCAGGCGGCCUGGGGCUUAAAAACGGACAGGGCGUUAACUCGGGCAACGGGGCCAAGGGCAAGGUGAAGAGGGAGAGGAGCACGUCUGUGGAGUCGUUUGAGCAACGGGACACAGGGACGCCCGGGAACGAGGUGGAGCAGAAAGAACCAGGCAGCCGGGCCAAGCGGAUGUGUGUUGCCGAGCGGCGGCAGCCCUACAGUGGGACGGACUGGUGCUCUGGGGGCGAGAGCGAGGAUGAUGACCCGCGCUUCUUCAACUGUAACUCCAGCGACGUGAAGCCCCAGGACCCCAGCUCCCUCCCUCCCCCCGGCGCCGGGCUCAGCCGGUCCUCCACGCCUUCCCACAAUGCCGCCGGGGGACAGAACGCCGUCUCCGAGCCGGCCGGCAGCCAGAAGCCUCUGUCGAAAGUUGUUUACGUCUUCACCACUGAGAUGGCCAACAAGGCGGCAGAUGCAGUCAUCACAGGCAAUGCUGACACCAUCAUCGCCUACCACAUGAAGAACAUCUCCCACAGCAAGACCGACAAACCCCAUCUCCCUGUGAACAACCAGGUGGGGGCCAUCCGGGGUGACCCGAAAGGCGGACCCCCCCAGCAGCAGCAGGCCCACCCCCCAGACCAGAACCACCAGGGCUCCAAACCCACUCCAGCCCAGGGCCCCAAGCUGGCCGGCCUCGCCCAGGACGGAGCCUCGGCGGCCGGGGGCGACUCGAAGGGCAGCAGCCCCCGGAACACCUCCACGCCUCAGGACGGCGGCCAGCCCUCCGGCACCCCAGGGCCCCCGCAGCCCACCUUCCCCUCCCUGGAGGGCCUCCCCAAGGGGGCCGAUGCCAAGAUGACGGCCCAGCAUCACCAGCAGCUGGCCAAUGAGAUCAUGUCCAGCAUGGGGGACAACCCCGAGGGGCUGUCUCAGGAGCAGCUGGAACACCGGGAGCGGUCCCUGCAGACGCUGCGCGACAUUCAGCGCAUGCUCUUCCCCGACGACAAGGACACACCGCCGCCCCCUCCCCCCAACCCCGGCAUGAUGGAGGGCCCCAAGAAGCCCGACCAGGGGCCCCUGCAGGCCAUGAUGGCUCAGUCCCAGAGCCUGGGCAAGCCGGGCCCCGGGCCCCGGCCCGACGGGCCCCCCUUCGGCCCUCCCGGCCACAGAGACAUGCCUUUCUCACCGGACGACCUGGGGCCCCCGCCCGGUGGCCCCGGAGGGGAACCCGGGGACCACAUGAGCCCUGAGCAGAUGGCCUGGCUGAAGCUGCAGCAGGAGUUCUACGAGGAGAAGAAGCGGAAGCAGGAGCAGCUCCAGCACCGGCCCCUGCCCGACAUGAUGCUGCACCAACACGGGCCCCGGGGCCUGAUGCGCGGGCCCCCUCCCCCUUACCAAAUGAACCCCGGUGAGGUGUGGGGCCCCGGGGGGCCGGAGCCCUUCCCCGAGCAGAUGAACAUGGGGCCCCGCGGCAUGCACCCCCCGCACCACAUGCAGAGGAUGCCGGGGUUCCCCAUGAUGAACCCCGACAUGGACGCCGGCCCCAACCCCAUGUCCCGUCCGGGUCUGGCCUGGCCCGACGACAUGGCCAAAAUGGGAGAUGGCCGGGGCUUUCCUCCGGGGCAGGGGGUGUACGGGGGCCCCGGGGGGCGAGGUGAGAGGUUCCCCAAUCCACAGGCCGUGCAGGAAGCCAUGUUCCAGCAGGGUAUGGGGGACAAGCAGGCCAUGGGCCUCCCUCCGGGCAUGGUGAUGGAGAUGAACAGGAUGAUGGGAAACCAAAGAGCCAUGGACCCCCGAAUGCCCGGGGGGGAAGGCCCCAUGAGCCCCUCCCGCAUGGAGUUUGUGAAGGGGAUGGGCCGGGACAUGGGGGAAUUCGGCAUGGGCCCCGGGAACAUGAAGGACAUGCACCUCGCCAUGGGGCCCGGCCCCCCGAUGAUGGGAGGGAAGAUGCGAGAGCCGCCCAUGAGCCUGAGUCCUGAGGAGAUCAUGAAGCUGAGGCAGGGAGGAGCAGGGGGGCCUCCACCGGACAUGGGGCCACCUCCCGAAAACAUGGGGCCCCAGCAGAAGAUGCUGCAGGGGCCCCCGUUCCCCGACCAGCCGCAGCCAGGGGACUUCAUGGGGCCCAACCGAGGGUUCCCGGGGAUGCCCCACGGGCCCCAGGGGCCCGGGAACAUGAGAGGCCCCCGGGGCGAGCCCUUCGGCCCUGAUCAAAGAACUAACAUGGGCGGCAACGGGCGGCUCAGCCACCUGCCCCCUCUACCUCCCAACCAGCCGCCCCCUCCGAAUCCUGCCGGCAUGGGCGCGGGGCCCCCGGGGGGCCCGAGGGGCAUGGGGCGGAAGCCCUCGGACCUGAGCGUGCCCACCGGCCCCGUCAACUCGCCCAACGUCAACCCGCUGAAGUCGCCCACGCUGCGGCAGGUGCAGUCGCCCAUGCUGGGCUCGCCCUCCGGGAACCUCAAGUCGCCCCAGACGCCGUCCCAGCUGGCCGGCAUCCUGAGCGGGCCCUCUGCCGCAGCCGCCGCCGCCUCCAUCAAGUCCCCACCCAUGAUGGGGUCUGCCGGCGCCUCUCCCGUCCACCUCAAGUCCCCCUCUCUCCCUGCCCCCUCCCCUGGCUGGACUUCCUCCCCCAAACCCCCCAUGCAGAGCCCCGGGAUCCCCCAGAACAACAAGCCCCCCCUGAGCAUGACCUCGCCCAACAUGAUGGGCAGCGUCGAGCAAGGUGGAAACGGUCCCCCCUCACAACCCCCCUCUAGUAACUCCUCUGGCCAGCCUGGUUCCAUGAACCUGUCAGCGGGUCUCUCAACAGGCAGCCCCUACGCCCUGCCCCCUGAGCCUACGCUAUCCCAGAAUCCCCUCUCCAUCAUGAUGUCCCGGAUGUCCAAGUUUGCCAUGCCGAGCUCCACACCCCUCUACCACGAUGCCAUCAAGACCGUCGCCAGCUCGGACGAUGACUCGCCGCCUGCCCGGUCGCCGAACCUGCCCAUGAAUAACAACAUGCCUGGAAUGGGAGUGAAUCACCACCCGGGACACCCCCGCAUGAUGGGCCCCAACUCUUCCGGCCACGCCCUGAGCCCCAUGAGCAUGAGCAUGGGCUCCCAGCCGCUCUCCCACGGCAUGCCCAACCAGAUGCCCUCGCCCAACCCCAUGGGCCCGGGUAUGCCCCCCCACCCUGGGCCCAUGGGACCCGGCAUGAUGCCCCAUGGCAUGAUGAUGCCCCCAGUGCCCCAGGACCCCGGGAUGCCCGGCCCCCAGAUGAUGCCUCAGGGGCGCAUGGGCUUCCCCCCCCAGCGACAGCAGGGCUUUCCCCCGGGCCAGUCGCCGCCCCAGCAGGUCCCCUUCCCCCACAACGGCCCCGGGCCCCAGGGGGGGUUCCCCCACGGGAUGGGGUACCCCGGGGAGGGGGGUCCCAUGGGCAGGCUGGGCGGCAUGCCCCACGGCGGGGGCGGCGAGCCGGGAAUGUGUAAACCAGGCGGACCUGGUGGCCCUGAGGCCUUCGGCAACAUGCCGGGCGUAUUCAACGACGCCGACCUGCACGAGGUCAUCCGGCCCGGGGCUUCGGGCAUCCCCGAGUUCGACCUCUCCCGCAUCAUCCCGUCCGAAAAGCCCAGCCAGACCCUGUCGUACUUCCCCCGGGGCGACGCCGGCGGGGGCAAGCCCCCCGGGUUCCCCCAGAUGCAAGGCAUGAUGGGAGAGGGGAGCCCCAGGAUGGGCCUGCCGAUGCCGGGCCCCGGGCACAUGGGCCCCCAGGACAUGUCCAUGGGUAACCCGGGGCAACACGGCAUGCGCCCGCCGGGCUUCAUGCCCCAGGGCAUGAUGGGACCUCAGCACCGGAUGCUGUCGCCGGGGCAGCCCGGCAUGAUGGGAGGCCCAGGGAUGAUGCAGGGCAAAGAGAGGGGCCCGAUCUACAACCACCCGGGGCCCGUGGGCUCGCCCAACAUGAUGAUGUCGCUGCACGGCAUGGGCGGCCCCCAGCAGACUAUGAUGAUGCCGCCGCAGAUGAGGCCCCGCGGCAUGGCGGGCGACGUGGGGAUGGGCUUCAACCCCGGGCCCGCCAACCCAGGGAACCUAAUGUUCUGAGCUGCUGAGAACUCGCCAAAACAUAACAAAACACAGAAACCAAGCUUGAGAGCAAGAACCGAAUGGAGUACAAAAAGAAGACUUGUCCUUAAGAAGCACGAGUGUAGCCGGGGACUACAGGAGAAGUGCCGUCGCUUGCACUCGCUCUCACGUGAGGAGUGGCAACCCCACAUUCCCCUCCUGCUCACCCUUCUGAGGGCAAAACCAUGGUCUGUGCGCACACACCGAGGGAAGGUGUACAAAACCAGAAUGAGUUCUUCACGGAUCUUCGCUUUUUUGGGGUGGGGCAGUUGGAGGAGGGUGGAGAGGGGGUUAUUUUGUUUCAGAAACUCCUGAAUGUAUGGAAGUAAAUCUACAUGAUUAGCUCAGAACUGCUCCUAGAAUUUUUGAAAUCCACCAAUGUUUGGACUUCGGAAGCUAUGUUGGGGAAAAAAACAACCGGAAAUAGAGGUCUGUAGUUGUACUUUUUUUUUUUUUUUUUUUUUACAAAGGAAAAAAGUCAAAUAAAAAAACUAAAUAAGAAAACAUGAUUCAUCAAGGAAAGGGUAAAAUACACGAACCGAGAAAAAACAGUGAACUCGCAAAGGAGACUCCAUUUUGUCACCAGGUUGCACCGUUAUUGCUGUCUGUUAUCGUCUCAUCUGAGCUGUUCCCUCCAGAGAUAAAAAUGCUCUUUGUAUUUGUGUACUGUACUUGUAUUGUAAAAGGGAUUUUAGCAGUGACUUGGGUUUUCCCAUCUGUUUUGCAUUAGGGGGGUGGGAGGUGGUGUACCCCCACCCCCCCCCACCCACCACACAGUACUGUUUACCACAGGUGGGCUUGGACAAUUUUCUUUUUUUUUAUUUGUAACUCCAGUGUAUAACAAACCAAACUAUGACCUCAUUACAGAUAAUAGUAUUAUAAAAAGCACAAACAUGGAUUAACUAUAAAUAAAAAGGUGUCUCUCUCCUCCUUUUUUAUUGUAGAGAAAAACACUAUGGAUAAAGUAGGAACCGUAAUUAUCUAUAUGCAGUGUGUCCUCUGGUUCUUCAGCCACAUUUUCCAAGGGGGGUGGGGGAAUCCUCAGCUCUCAAAAUGGUGGAUCAUGCUUGUACCAGGUUCAGUCUUUUACCGUUAUACCUGUUUUCAACAGUCAUGCAAACAUGACUUUAUUACUAUUAUUUUCACAUUUUUUGUGUAUAGUUACUCGAGAUAAUUCCAGGUGCGCAAGGCGGUGAGUCGACACCUGGAGUUCUGGAGGUCAAAACCAGAAUUUUGUUUAAAAAAAUUAAAAAAUAAAUGAAAUAAAAAGCAAAAAGAAACAGAACUAAAACAUAGAAAAUGGUUUGUUUUGUUAUCUCCCUCCCCCUCCUGUGUAAACUUGUCAUGUGUAACUCCAUUGACUUUGGUACAGAACCACUUCCCAGCGCUGUGGUGUUGAAGACAAAUAAAAUAUAUUGUUUGGUAUAAAGCA